AUGGGCAAUGACGGAGGAACGCUGCCAUCUCGAUCUGAGAUCCUGGGGAAGCCCCGGAAACGCGAAAAAAAACCAACAAACUACUGGAGAUUCGACAGAUUAACCAAGAAACGACUGAUGCCUCCAAUUGUGGCAGAUUCGCGAGGAAAUAUGUUCAAUAAAGAAACUGUGCUGGAAAUGCUGCUUAAUGGCGAGCGUAUGACACAUCUUCGCGGGAUCAAGGAUGUCACCCAAUUAAACUUUCAAAUCAACCCUAAAACAGGCAAUCUCCAGUGUCCAAUCACCCUCAAAGAUCAGAAUGUUGAAAACCCUGACCCCUUUGUGUUUCUGCCCUGCGGUGAUGUCAUGAGCAAGAAGAUCGUGGACGAGCUGUUGCUCAGCAAGGGCAAGGGCGACACCGAACUGAAGUGCCCGGUUUGCGAUAAACCGACGCGUGAUACCGGUGUGAUACAGAUUAACUCAGAUACGGGAAAAUUGAAGGUGAAAAAGAGAAAAACGACGGAGAGUAAGUAA